GCAUGAUUGUCUUCUUAUCAAAGAGAAGUUUACACAUAACCUGAAAUCCAUGGAUUCAUCCCGCAAGUUCUUCAUGGUUGUUGUCGUCCUUGCCUUGCUCGUGGUGGCCACAGAGGUGGCGCCAGCGCACGCGGCGGACUGCAAGACAGCAAGCACCCGGUUCAACGGGAUAUGCAUCCUGGACAGUAGUUGUGCCAACAUGUGCAUCACUGAGGGGUUCCUGUCCGGCGGGGAGUGCGAAGGCCUCCACCCGCGUUGCAUGUGCAAAGCGCCAUGCUAGGCGACUCACAUGUAUUGUUUGGACUGCUUCAUCAAGAGUUUUUCCGCGACUAGAUAAAAACAGGAGAAAAGGUCUUAUUUUUUCUACAAGAAAAGUAAAUGCAGGUGUAACAUGUACUAUGUUCUUUUAUUUUAUUUUCCACAUGUUCCUUUGGAAACAUUGUGGCAGUGCAGUUUGAUGUGUUUUUGUUGUAAACUUGAAGUUGGUCAUUUGGUCAUUGUGUAAGAUCGUUUUCCCAGGUUCACGUAUGUGUGAUCGUGCAAUACACAGUUGUACUGCUAGUAACUAUAAUACAUAAUUGCACUGCU